AUGUCGGCUGCGGCGAGCUCUAGUGCUCUCCUUCAACCAAAAUAUGUCAGAACUCCAUUUUCUUCGCUUAACAAAUCACCUUCACUCAAUGUUGCUACAGUGGCAUCUGCUUCUCGCCGGAGUGCGAGGGCAACACGAUGCGCUUCGGCGAGGAAAUCGGCGGUUGUUGAGAGAAAAUCGUUUUUAGGAAGUAAAGUGAGGGGGUCUGCAGGAUCGGAGAGAUUGCAUUUUUGGCGGUCGGAUGGACCGGGCAGAGAGCCGAAACUCCGAGUUGUGGUCCGGUCUGCAUUGUCCGGUGUGCCGGAGAAGCCUCUCGGGUUGUAUGACCCGUCGUUUGAUAAGGAUUCCUGUGGGGUUGGGUUUGUGGCUGAAUUAUCAGGGGACAGCAGUCGCAAAACGGUGAAUGAUGCUUUGGAGAUGUUGGUGAGGAUGACACAUAGAGGGGCUUGUGGCUGCGAGACGAAUACUGGUGAUGGAGCUGGGGUUCUUGUGGCUCUUCCUCAUGAUUUCUAUAAGGAGGUGGCUAAGGAUAUUGGGUUCGAACUGCCACCCGCAGGGGAAUAUGCAGUCGGCAUGUUCUUUUUGCCCACAUCUGAUAACCGUAGGGAAGAAAGCAAGAACGUAUUCACUAAGGUUGCAGAGUCUCUUGGGCAUACGGUACUUGGAUGGCGACAAGUACCAACAGAUAACUCUGGAUUGGGCAAUUCUGCUUUGCAGACAGAGCCCGUCAUUGAGCAAGUGUUCCUUACAGCUACUCCUAGGUCGAAGGCUGAUUUUGAGCAGCAGAUGUACAUAUUAAGGAGGGUGUCAAUGGUAGCAAUUAGAGCUGCACUAAACCUUCAAUAUGGUGGUGUUAAGGACUUCUAUAUCUGUUCCCUUUCCUCAAGGACCGUUGUUUAUAAAGGUCAGUUGAAGCCCGAACAGUUGAAGGGUUACUAUUAUGCGGAUCUUGGCAAUGAAAGGUUUACGAGCUACAUGGCCCUGGUACAUUCGCGGUUUUCAACAAAUACAUUUCCUAGCUGGGAUCGUGCACAACCCAUGCGUGUCUUGGGCCACAAUGGGGAAAUCAACACUCUCAGAGGCAAUGUAAACUGGAUGAAGGCUCGUGAGGGCUUAUUAAAGUGCAAGGAGCUUGGUCUUUCAAAGAAUGAGAUGAAGAAGCUUCUUCCUAUUGUAGAUGCUAGUUCUUCUGACUCAGGGGCUUUUGAUGGUGUGCUUGAGCUUCUAAUUCGAGCUGGGAGAAGUCUCCCUGAAGCUGUCAUGAUGAUGAUUCCUGAAGCCUGGCAAAAUGAUACGAACAUGGAUCCUCAAAGGAGGGCACUGUAUGAAUACUUCUCAGCUCUUAUGGAACCAUGGGACGGGCCUGCACUUAUCUCAUUUACUGAUGGCCACUACUUAGGAGCUACUCUGGAUCGCAAUGGGCUACGUCCAGGUAGAUUUUAUGUCACACGAAGUGGGCGAGUUAUCAUGGCCAGUGAAGUUGGUGUUGUGGAUAUUCCUCCUGAAGAUGUUCUUAGGAAAGGAAGACUUAACCCCGGAAUGAUGCUUCUGGUGGAUUUUGAGAAGCAUAUUGUUGUAGAUGAUGAAGCCUUGAAGCAACAAUACUCCCUAGCAAGGCCCUAUGGGGAGUGGCUGAAGAGGCAAAAGAUUGAACUCAGUGAUAUAGUUGACUCAGUUCAAGAAUCUGAGAGAGUUGCUCCAGCCAUUUCUGGGGUUGUUCCUGCAUCUGAUGAUGACCAAAGCAUGGAGAAUAUGGGCAUUCAUGGUUUGUUGGCACCAUUAAAAGCCUUUGGCUAUACUGUUGAAGCCUUGGAGAUGCUGAUGCUUCCCAUGGCGAAGGAUGGUACAGAGGCUCUUGGUUCGAUGGGAAAUGAUGCUCCCUUGGCUGUCAUGUCUAACAGGGAAAAAGUCCCUUUUGAGUACUUCAAGCAAAUGUUUGCUCAAGUGACGAACCCCCCAAUUGAUCCUAUCAGAGAGAAGAUUGUCACUUCCAUGGAAUGCAUGAUCGGGCCAGAAGGUGAUUUGACAGAAACAACUGAAGAACAAUGCCACCGUCUCUCUCUGAAAGGCCCACUUUUAUCAAUUGAGCAAAUGGAAGCAAUCAAAAAAAUGAACUAUAGAGGUUGGCGAAGCAAAGUUCUCGACAUAACUUAUUCAAAAGAACGGGGGAGGAAGGGAUUGGAGGAGACUUUAGAUACGAUCUGUGCUGAAGCUCAUGAGGCAAUCAGGGAAGGUUAUACCGUGUUGGUUCUUUCUGACAGAGCCUUCUCAUCAAAGCGUGUUGCUGUAAGCUCCCUCUUGGCUGUUGGUGCUGUCCAUCAAUACCUUGUAAAAAAGCUCGAGCGUACUCAAGCUGGGUUGAUAGUUGAAUCAGCUGAACCACGUGAAGUGCACCAUUUCUGUACAUUGGUUGGUUUUGGUGCAGAUGCCAUCUGCCCAUACUUAGCUGUAGAUGCCAUCUGGAGAUUACAGGUUGAUGGUAAGAUCCCACCAAAAUCCACUGGCGAGUUCUACUCAAAGGAUGAGCUAGUCAGGAAGUAUUUCAAGGCAAGCAACUAUGGCAUGAUGAAGGUGCUUGCCAAAAUGGGGAUUUCAACUUUGGCCUCCUACAAGGGUGCUCAGAUUUUUGAAGGCCUGGGCCUUUCAUCAGAAGUGAUUGACAAGUGCUUUGCUGGAACCCCAAGCAGGGUGGAAGGAGCAACAUUUGAGAUGCUUGCCCGUGAUUCACUUCAUUUGCAUGAGUUGGCAUUUCCCUCCCGUGUUCUCCCUCCUGGAAGUGCAGAAGCUGUAGCACUGCCCAAUCCUGGGGAUUAUCAUUGGAGAAAAGGUGGUGAGGUUCACCUUAAUGAUCCUCUUGCUAUUGCAAAGCUUCAAGAAGCUGCCAGAGGUAAUAGUGUGGCUGCCUAUAAGGAGUAUUCCAAGCGUGUUCAGGAGUUAAACAAAGCUUGUAAUUUGCGUGGGCUUUUGAAGUUCAAAGAGUCGGAUGUGAAAGUUUCUUUGGAUGAAGUAGAGCCAGCCAGUGAGAUAGUUAAACGUUUCUGUACUGGGGCCAUGAGUUAUGGAUCAAUAUCAUUGGAGGCACACACCACACUAGCUCAGGCUAUGAAUAAAAUUGGAGGAAAAUCAAAUACAGGUGAGGGAGGUGAACAACCAUCUCGUAUGGAGCCUCUUCUCGAUGGUUCAAUGAAUCCAAAAAGGAGUGCUAUUAAGCAGGUUGCAAGUGGGAGAUUUGGAGUUUCAAGUUACUAUCUUACAAAUGCUGAUGAACUGCAGAUUAAGAUGGCUCAGGGUGCCAAGCCUGGUGAAGGAGGUGAGCUUCCUGGCCACAAGGUCAUAGGAGACAUUGCAGUUACCAGAAAUUCUACUGCAGGGGUGGGUCUUAUUAGUCCUCCUCCCCAUCAUGAUAUCUAUUCAAUUGAAGACCUUGCCCAAUUAAUUCAUGACCUUAAGAAUUCCAAUCCAGCAGCUAGAAUAAGUGUCAAGCUGGUAUCCGAAGCUGGUGUGGGAGUAAUUGCCAGUGGGGUGGUGAAGGGACAUGCUGACCAUGUUUUGAUCUCGGGCCACGAUGGAGGUACAGGUGCUUCUCGAUGGACUGGCAUAAAAAAUGCUGGGCUCCCAUGGGAACUUGGUUUGGCCGAGACCCACCAGACACUUGUUGCCAAUGACCUUCGUGGCCGAACAGUUCUUCAGACUGAUGGGCAACUAAAAACUGGACGAGAUGUGGCCAUUGCAGCUCUUCUUGGUGCAGAAGAGUUUGGCUUCAGCACUGCACCCCUUAUAACUCUUGGCUGCAUCAUGAUGCGAAAGUGCCAUAAGAACACCUGCCCUGUAGGCAUUGCCACUCAAGAUCCAGUGCUGAGGGAAAAGUUUGCUGGAGAACCUGAACAUGUCAUUAACUUCUUCUUUAUGCUAGCAGAGGAGCUCAGGGAGAUCAUGGCUCAACUCGGUUUCCGAACGAUGAAUGAGAUGGUUGGUCGUUCGGACAUGCUUGAAGUUGAUAAAGAAGUUGUUAAGAGUAAUGAGAAGCUGGAAAAUAUUGAUCUCUCUUUGUUACUUAGACCUGCUGCUGACAUUCGACCUGAAGCUGCCCAGUAUUGUGUCCAAAAGCAGGAUCACGGAUUGGACAUGGCAUUGGAUCAAAAACUCAUCAAACUCUCUGAGGCUGCAUUGGAAAAAGGUCUUCCUGUAUACAUGGAAACACCUAUCUGCAAUGUAAACCGUGCUGUUGGAACAAUGCUUAGCCAUGAAGUUACUAAGCGUUACCACUUGGCAGGGCUUCCUGCAGAUACUAUUCAUAUCAAACUCUUAGGAAGUGCAGGGCAGAGUCUAGGAGCUUUCCUUUGUGCUGGCAUUAUGCUGGAGCUGGAAGGUGAUGGCAAUGACUAUGUGGGUAAAGGGUUAUCAGGGGGAAAGAUAGUAGUUUAUCCUCCAAAAGGAAGCCUGUUCGAUCCAAAAGAAAACAUUGUAAUUGGUAAUGUAGCUCUUUAUGGAGCCACAAAUGGUGAAGCAUAUUUCAAUGGGAUGGCAGCAGAAAGAUUCUGUGUCCGUAAUUCUGGGGCAAGGGCUGUUGUAGAAGGUGUUGGUGACCAUGGUUGUGAGUACAUGACAGGUGGGACUGUAGUCGUGCUUGGGAAAACUGGAAGGAACUUUGCUGCGGGUAUGAGUGGUGGCAUUGCAUAUGUUCUUGAUUUGGAUGGGAAAUUCAAAUCUCGAUGUAAUCUUGAACUCAUAGAUCUUGAUAAAGUUGAGGAAGAGGAGGACAUUAUGACUCUCAGAAUGAUGAUACAGCAACAUCAGCGCCACACAAACAGCCAGCUAGCCCGACAAGUGCUUGCUGAUUUUGAUAAUCUUCUGCCAAAAUUCAUUAAGGUUUUCCCCAGGGAUUACAAACGUAUUCUUGCAAAUAUGAAAGAGGAAGCUGCGUCGAAAGAGGCUGCUGAGCUUGCUGCUAAAGAAGCUGAGGAGCAAGAUGAAGCAGAGUUGAUGGAGAAAGAUGCUUUUGAGGAGCUUAAGAAGCUAGCUACUCCAUCUUUGAAUGGGAAACACAAUCAGAAGGUAAAAGAAGAUGAACCACUGAAAAGGCCUACCAGUGUUGAUGAUGCUGUGAAGUAUCGAGGGUUCAUUAAAUAUGAUCGUGAAGGUGUUCAAUACAGAGAUCCUAAUGUUCGAAUGAAUGACUGGAAUGAAGUUAUGGAGGAAUCAAAACCUGGCCCUCUUUUGAAGACCCAGUCAGCCCGUUGCAUGGACUGUGGCACUCCUUUCUGCCAUCAGGAGAACUCAGGAUGUCCUCUUGGAAACAAAAUUCCUGAAUUUAAUGAGUUAGUGCACCAAAAUAGGUGGCGUGAAGCGUUAGAUAGGCUCCUUGAGACAAAUAACUUCCCAGAGUUCACUGGCAGAGUGUGUCCUGCACCUUGUGAAGGUUCAUGUGUUCUUGGCAUAAUUGAUGAUCCUGUAUCUAUAAAAAACAUCGAAUGUUCAAUUAUCGACAAGGCCUUUGAGGAGGGUUGGAUGGUGCCGCGGCCUCCCCUCACGAGAACUGGGAAACGAGUGGCGAUUGUUGGAAGUGGGCCAUCUGGUUUGGCUGCUGCUGAUCAACUAAACAAAAUGGGUCAUUCAGUGACUGUGUAUGAGCGUGCUGACCGAAUUGGAGGACUAAUGAUGUAUGGAGUUCCCAACAUGAAAACUGACAAAGUGGAUGUAGUUCAACGACGUGUUAACCUUAUGGCUGAGGAAGGCAUCAAUUUUGUGGUAAACGCUAAUGUUGGAAUUGAUCCUUUGUACUCUAUUGAUCGACUUCGCGAUGAGAACAAUGUGAUUCUUUUGGCUGUUGGAGCCACAAAACCAAGGGACCUUCCGGUGCCUGGUCGGGAGUUGUCAGGUGUUCAUUUUGCUAUGGAGUUUCUUCACUCAAAUACCAAAAGUUUGCUUGACACCAAUCUACAGGAUGGUAACUACAUAUCUGCGAAGGGCAAGAAAGUAGUGGUCAUAGGCGGAGGUGACACUGGUACAGAUUGCAUCGGUACAUCUAUUCGCCAUGGGUGUAGUAGCAUUGUCAAUUUAGAGCUUCUACCUGUGCCACCGCGAACUAGAGCUCCGAGCAACCCUUGGCCUCAAUGGCCUAGAGUAUUCCGUGUAGACUACGGGCACCAGGAAGCUGCUACCAAGUUUGGUAAGGACCCAAGGUCUUAUGAGGUGCUGACUAAGCGUUUCAUUGGAGAUGAAAAUGGGAAUUUGAAAGGACUUGAGGUGGUACGUGUCCAGUGGGAGAAGGAUGAAAGUGGGAAAUUUCAGUUUAAGGAGGUUGAGGGCUCUGAGGAAAUUAUUGAGGCUGACCUAGUCCUACUAGCUAUGGGAUUCCUUGGUCCCGAGCAGAAUGUGGCAGAGAAGUUGGGCUUGGAGCGAGACAAUCGAUCGAACUUCAAGGCAGAAUAUGGCCGUUUCUCAACCAAUGUGGAAGGGAUCUUUGCAGCUGGGGAUUGCAGGCGAGGCCAGUCCUUGGUUGUAUGGGCAAUAUCAGAAGGACGACAAGCUGCUUCACAGGUGGACAAAUAUCUCAUGAAAGAAGAAGAGGAUGUUACCAUUAGCACUGAUGAUACACAGGAUAACCUUGUCAAGAGGCACCAAGACCUCACCAAGAGACACAAAGACAGCAGCAAACACACCGUCAUGACUUAG